CCCGACCUCUUAAAGGGAGUCGCUGUCUAUGAUUCUCCCUCACAAUGACUUCUGAAUCUAGGCCCUUGAGCAUUGAUGUCCACCGUUCCUCCAUGGAGUCACCCCCGGGCAUCGCCGCCCUGUUUGUGAUCAGCUUCGACAUUAGGACCGGAUAUGUGGUCUCGUGGAAACGAACUGCCCCUGGAGUUGAGGUUGAAGGGGUGGUGGAAUACAAAUCACUGCCAUCGGGACUACACAAUGUGACAGAGGACCUGGUGUACUUCGUCCAUGAACAGUAUGCCGGUAUCAGCGCGUUCCUCAACUAUCCCGCCACGGAGGCCGAACGCAAUGCGAAGAUGUUCGCGAUCGGGGUGCUCGUCCCCCUCAGCACAGGGAGAUUGGGCAAGAGUUGGCGACACGCUCCAAAGCUCAAGGAGCUGACACAGAAAUACGCUGCGAACAUGGAGGACAUGCAGCCGAUGUCUGACUAUUGGGAGUCAUAUCGGAUAGGAGGGCCUGACUCUUCAGCCCCCGACUCCCCCAUGGACUCGCCCUCCAGUCUCCGAUUCCGCCCCGGCGAGCGGCCGGAUAACCCCAAUCGCACCCGUGCCUUUAGCGAUGCAAUGGUGCUGGAGACGUUCAGACCGGCCCUGACGCCAUUCCACCCUGCUUCGUCGCUUCCUGGUCUUAUGGACUGCUUCGGACCCUUGAUCUUCCCUCUGUACAGAGCAGCUUUGCUGCGCAAGCGCAUCCUCUUCAUGGGCGAGGCUCCUCCUCGUUACCGAACUCCCUCCUCGAGCUCCUCCCCCUCAGAUCGUAUCCCACCUCUCCGCCCACGCCCCCUCUUCAACGUCGGCAUCCACGACAUCCCCUACCUAUCCUCUUUCGACCCCUCCCGAAGCAUCGUAGACCUGGAAACGGACCCAAGCUGGAUUGCCUGCUCAACAGACACAGUCCUAACUAUGAAACCGGACCUCUUCGACGUCCUCAUCACCCUCCCCGCACCUUACACGCAACACGCCAGCGAGCGAACCUUCCCCAAAAUCUCCCUGGUCCACGCAACAGGCCCAAAACCGAAUCAGUCCCAACAAAUCCCCCUGAAAGCAACCCAGCGCGACGCCCGCCGCUUCUCCAUGCUCCGCCGUGGUAUUCGCCAAUUCUCCAAUAGACCCACAUCCCCAGAUUCAGACCCAGAAGAUUCCUCAGAUGCAGACUCAACCUACUCCUCCAGCCCCGUCGUCGAACCCCUCUCCUGGACAAGACUCGCCUACACUUCGUUCAUCUGGUGGGCGUCCGCAGGCGAGAACCGCGACGGCCUGUCAGAGGAAGAAGAGGAGCAGCAAAUAGAACAAGACACCCGCCUCCUCGCCAGCGUCGAAUCUCUUGCCCACCCCUCUGCCACGCGUCGCUCUUUCAAUCCAGAAGACCCAGCCCAACAACCGGCAGAAGUCGCCCUGGUGGCAUACUUCCGCCGUCUAACCUCCCAAAUCUUCGUAACACUAGCCGGCGCAAUCGCCCGCAACGACAGCGAGGUCCGCGGCGACGAAGUCGACGCUUCGUACAAUGAUGCCCCAUACAUCGAGGAUCCCGCAGAUGAUGAUACAGACCUAUCACUCUCCAUAUCGCGCCAAUCCAUCCAUGGCGACGAUGGACAUAGCCCACUCCUGCGCCAGCGAUCUGGUGCGUAUACGUCUUCACAGGCUGGGUCUCGAGCCGGUUAUGAAGAUCGCGAUGUCGCUGAGCUUGUUACGAUUAAUGUUGCGGAUAUGGCGGAGAUGGGGCUUGAUGUUUGGAGUGCUGCGGAUCGCAUCUUUGUUGAAGAGUUGCUUUCUUUGUGGUGGGGUCGUGCGGCCAGAGUUGAUAGUGCUAGGAUUCGUUGCUGUGGUAUUUCGGUUUUGUAG